UAUGAAUUGGAGAAAUUCAGUUCGAUAUAAAAGCAAAAAUCGAUCCCACGAUCGACUUUACUUUUGCGAUCAUCGAAAUGUAUAAGCAAUUGAUAGAUUUUUUGAUAUUCCUCGUUGUUGUGGACGUUGCCCAUGGUCUGCGUGUCAACUUGACCAUGUUCGACAAUUGUCAAGACGAGAACCUUCCAUAUGACGAUAUGGAAGUGGGAUUAACAAAGGUUACAUACGAUCGGGAUGAGGACGGAGUUUGCAACACCAUGCAUGCACAGUAUCACGUCAAAAAACCAAACGACAACGUUGCUUGGGAACUGAUUAUCACGAGUUACAAGUGUCCGCUUGGAAUCGAUACUAUCUGUCUGGAUAAUCCCGUGGAGUAUGUUGAACCGAUGCACUGCGAUCGCUUCCACUCGGACGACAGCGGACCUUGGUUCAUGAUAUCCAGUGCAAUGACCAAUGGUGAUCGUUGUGGAAGAUUCGAGGGAUUGUAUAACCUGGAUGCAGCAGUACUGAAGCUUAACUAUUUACAUCGUUACCUAGAACUGGGCAAGGGAACUUAUCGAGUGCGUAUGUUAUUCCACGAGCAAAAUACAAACAUGGACCGAAGGAACGUUAAAGGAUGCUGCGAAAUUGACUUCACAGUAAUUGACUAACUGUAAACAGAGCUUUGGAAAGGAUUCAGAAAAUAUUAGUAUUAAUUGAAACAAACAUCAGCAUUGCAGUUUAACAGAAUAAAAUUAUAGUUUUUACUAACAACAUAGGUAAAUGAUUCAAAA